CGCGCUGCCUGCUGCUUCCCCGAGUCGAUUGCGCGGCCUGCCAUUCUGUAUCCCAUUAGCUCUCGUGCUCUAGCCACCCCACGCGUCCCACGUCCCUCUCACUCCUACUCUUUCCACCGUCGCCAUCCGCUCGACAAGAAAGUUCUGUAGCACCACGUGCGCCAAAUCACGACCACUCUACAUAGUACUGCAUUAGCAGCACAUACGAGACAUGUCCGCGCCGACCGAAAUGUUGUUCGCGAACUUCAACCAGGACUUCUCUUGUGUGUCGGUUGGGACGAAGGGUGGAUAUAGCAUCACAAAUUGCGAUCCGUAUGGACGGGUGUAUACACAGAAUGACGGACCGCGAGGUAUCGUCGAGAUGCUUUUCUGCACGUCCCUAAUCGCUCUUGUCGGAGCCCCGUCUUCGACCUCCUCACCCUCCGCCACAUCCUCACCUUACACUGCUUCACAUGACGCCUCUUCGCCGAGAAAGCUGCAAAUUGUUAACACCAAGCGUCAGUCAAUGAUCUGCGAGCUGCUCUUCCCGGCGAGCAUCCUCGCGGUGAAGCUCAAUCGCAAAACGCUCGUCAUUGUGCUGGAGACGGAGAUAUAUGUGUACGAUAUCAGCAACAUGAGGCUGCUGCAUGUCGUAGAGACCGUUCCAAAUCUCAAUGCGAUAUGCGCGCUAUCGCCUUCGGCCGAUGCACCGUACCUGGCCUACCCAGCCCCUCUGCCAUCACCCGCUCUCACCACCUCCGCUUCCUCCUCUGCCUCAUCGCCAUCGUCUGGUGCAGACACCACAGACAAUAGCGGUGCGCAUGGUGAUGUUAUGCUCUUCUCCACCCGUGCGCUGGCACCUGCAAACGUCGUCCGAGCGCACCGCAGCCCACUGGCCCUUAUGGCCUUCAGCGGAAACGGCGGGCUGCUGGCCACCGCGAGCGUCAAAGGCACGAUCAUCCGCGUAUUCGCGACCCCCUCGCUGGACAAGCUGUACCAAUUCCGCCGCGGGACACGCGAGACGCGCAUCCACUCCAUUGCAUUCAACCCGCUCGGCAGCCUGCUCGCGGCGGGCGGCGAACGCGGCACAGUGCAUCUCUGGCGCGUUGGCGUCUCGCAGGGCAAAGCCCCGUCGAUCAAGGACGACGCUUCCUCGCCGGCGGAGUCAGUGGACGGGCAUAGCCUUGACGCGGGCUACGAUGCGUUCGUGAAUCAGCAGGAGAGGGGCAACAGCACGAUGGGCUCCGCGUUGAAGCGGCGGUCGUUUGGGCUGACGUCGACGCUGGGGAAAGCCGCGGCGUCGUACUUGCCGAGCAGCUUGGCGGAGAUGUGGGAACCGGCGAGGGAUUUCGCGUGGCUGAAACUCCCGCCUCUUGCUGCGGGGACGAACGUCGCUGGGGGCGAGAGAAGGUGUGUGGUGGGCCUAAGCAGCACAACACCACAUGUGAUGGUCAUCUCGUCUGACGGAUACUUCUAUUCGUACAGCAUUGACCUGGAGAAGGGUGGAGAGUGCGUCCUGGUGAAGCAAUACUCGUUGCUAUGAAAUUCAUGUGGAUGCAUUAGCUCAUCUCAGCUACUCUAUGGAUACAAUUCGUAAUGGGGUGCGUUACAACAGGCAUAAGACGGAAACGGAUACAAUGUUAUAGUGCAAUUGCGUUCUACGGGGCGGAUAGUGAACAUCUGUUUGUCUUGAGUGAUGGCGUUGACUACAAGAGAUGUGCACAAGGAGACCUCUCAGAGGAAGACAUCGCACGAAGUGUCAUCGGAAGCGGAUACUACGUUGACUGAGACAAACGCCUUGGAGUGGGCUUAUCUCCAGCGUAGUAGUGGAGAUGGUAGCGAUUUUGAAAGACCCUGAAACGUCCACGAAAGCUCUAGAGUGAGGACCGACAUCAGUGGUC